GUCCCACCUUGAGAUCAGAAGGAAAGGAAGCCAGAAGAAAGGACUAAAUCGAUAUCCAUUUUCAGAAACUCUUCUGAGCCAGGAGCCUGCCCUUGUCAUGGCCAGGAGAAGUAUUUCUCGAAUAAGUUGCUUCCUGUGACAGCUCUAUCAGCUAACUAGUGACCUGCUCCUCAUUUGAUACCUCAGUCAACAAAGAUGAUUCUUCGACUGCUGCUAGUUCUGUCCGUUUGGGUGGGGCCUGAUCAAGCUGACUCUGCCCAGUCUAAUGAACGGCGUGUUGUAGCACACAUACCUGGUGACAUCAUCAUUGGGGCAUUGUUCUCUGUCCAUCAUCAGCCUCCUGCUGACAAGGUACACGAACGCAAGUGUGGUGCCGUACGAGAGCAGUAUGGCAUCCAGAGGGUGGAGGCCAUGAUGCACACACUGGACCGCAUCAACACGGACCCGCACAUCCUUCCCAACAUCACCCUGGGCUGUGAAAUUCGGGACUCCUGUUGGCACUCAGCUGUGGCUCUGGAGCAGAGCAUUGAGUUCAUUCGGGAUUCGUUGGUCUCCUCUGAUGAGGCAGAAGAGUGGGGCGGAGGACUACCCUGGGGAGGCGGUGGUGGUGGAGGUGGAGGAGUGACGAUGAAAUGUUCAGACCCUUCUGCCACUCCAAUGCGGGGCAAGAAACCCAUUGUGGGUUUAAUUGGACCAGGGUCGAGCUCAGUGGCCAUUCAGGUCCAGAACCUCCUCCAACUGUUCAACAUACCACAAAUUGCCUACUCUGCCACCAGUAUGGACCUCAGUGAUAAGAGCCUUUACAAGUACUUUAUGCGUGUGGUGCCUUCAGAUGCCCAGCAGGCACGAGCUAUGGUGGACAUUGUCAAGAGAUACAACUGGAGCUAUGUGUCUGCUAUACACACUGAAGGCAACUAUGGUGAAAGUGGGAUGGAAGCUUUCAAGGACAUGGCAGCCAAAGAGGGCAUCUGUAUCGCCCACUCAGGCAAAAUCUGGAGCAAUGCUGGAGAGCAGAGCUUUGAUCGUUUGCUUGAGAGACUGAGGGCCCACCUGCCCAAGGCUAGGGUGGUGGCCUGUUUCUGCGAGGGCAUGACUGUCCGCAACAUCCUCAUGGCCAUGAGACGCCAGGGACUGGUGGGAGAGUUCCUUCUCAUCGGCAGUGACGGAUGGGCGGACAGGUAUGAUGUAACAGACGGUUAUGUUCGGGAAGCAGCAGGUGGUAUUACCAUCAAGCUCCAGUCGGCCGAUGUAAAGUGGUUUGAUGAGUACUAUCUUAAACUCCGCCCUGAAAACAACCUCAGGAACCCUUGGUUUCCAGAGUUCUGGCAACAUCGCUUCCACUGUAAACUUAAAGGCCACCCACAGGAGAGUAGCAAAUACAACCGCACCUGUAGCAAGCGAGAGUCACUCCGGCAGCAGUACGCUCAGGACACUAAGAUGGGCUUUGUCAUCAAUGCCAUCUACUCUAUGGCAUAUGGCCUGCAUAACAUGCAACGGGCACUCUGCCCAGGCUAUCAGGGCCUAUGUGAUGCUAUGCGACCUAUAGAUGGUGCUACACUGCUUGACUUUCUGAUGAAAACCAACUUUACGGGCGUGUCUGGAGAGGGUAUCUUAUUUGAUGAAAAUGGAGACUCACCUGGCAGGUAUGAAAUAAUGAACUUCAAAAAAAUGGGGAAGGACUACUACGACUACAUUAAUGUUGGCAGUUGGGACAACAGGGGCUUGAAGAUAGAUGAUGAUGAAAUCUGGCCAAACAAAGAUGCAAUCAUUAAGUCAGUCUGCAGUGAACCCUGUGACAAAGGACAGAUUAAGGUGAUCCGGAAAGGGGAGGUGAGCUGCUGCUGGACGUGCACUCCUUGUAAAGAAAAUGAGUUUGUGUUUGACGAGUACACAUGCAGAGCCUGUGAACUGGGCUCCUGGCCGACUGAUGACCUCACAGGCUGUGACCCAAUCCCAGUGGAGUACCUCCGUUGGGGAGACCCUGAACCUAUUGCUGCAGUGGUAUUUGCCUGCCUUGGUCUGAUGUUCACAUUCUUUGUCACUGCAGUGUUUAUCAGGUUCCGGGACACCCCAGUAGUGAAAUCUUCCAGUAGGGAGCUGUGCUACAUUAUACUGGCAGGGAUCUGCCUGGGGUACCUGUGCACCUUUAGCCUCAUUGCCAAACCCCAUGUGGUCCACUGCUACCUCCAGCGGCUGGGAAUAGGCCUGUCACCUGCCAUGAGUUACUCUGCACUUGUCACCAAGACAAACCGCAUUGCCCGCAUCCUGGCAGGCAGCAAGAAGAAGAUCUGCACAAAGAAACCUCGCUUUAUGUCUGCCUGCGCCCAGCUCAUCAUUGCCUUCCUCCUCAUACUGCUCCAGGUGGGCAUCAUCGUGGCUCUCUUCCUCAUGGAGCCACCUGAGGUAAUCCAUGACUAUCCCAGCAUCCGCCAGGUCAACCUCAUUUGCAACACCACUAACCUGGGCGUGGUCGCCCCGCUGGGAUACAACGGCCUGCUCAUCCUCAGCUGCACCUUCUAUGCCUUUAAGACCCGCAACGUCCCUGCUAAUUUCAAUGAGGCGAAGUACAUUGCCUUCACCAUGUACACCACUUGUAUUAUCUGGCUGGCCUUUGUACCCAUCUACUUUGGCUCCAACUACAAAGUUAUCACCAUGUGCUUCAGUGUCAGCCUGAGCGCCACUGUGGCUCUAUGCUGCAUGUUCGUACCCAAGGUGUACAUUAUUCUUGCUAAACCAGAGCGUAACGUGCGCAGUGCCUUUACCACGAGCACAGUGGUGCGCAUGCACGUGGGCGAUGGCAAAUCUUCAUCAGCUGCCAGCCGUUCUUCAAGCCUGGUUAACCUGUGGAAACGCAGAGGCUCCACUGGAGAGACACUCAGCUCCAAUGGUAAAUCAGUGUCUUGGGCACAGACUGAGCACAGCAGUUCACGUGGUAACCACCUGUGGCAGCGCCUGUCCUUUCAUAUCAAGAAGAAGGAGAACAAUCAGACUGCCGUCAUCAAACCCUUCUCAAAAACCUCUGAGGAGCGUUACACCGGUGGGGGGGACCUCCCCCCACACGUCCCUCUGCCUUCCCUCCCUUCCAUGUCCUCACUGCCCACUCACCCCGACUCGGUCACGGACAAGACCCUGUAUGACCUUUCUGAGGCAGAGGAGCGCUACUCCAUCACAUACCGGCCACAGACUCCUUCACCAAUCAGCACGGUCAGCCAGAGGCUGGGGGCGGGAUUAGUGGAGGAGCCUCAGAUGACCGCUGUCCCAAAGUACCAGAGCAGCAUUUGCAGCGCCGGCAGCGGUAGUAGUUGCGGUCCUGCCAGCAGCGGCUCUGUUGUUGCUGGGAGUGACGGUCAUUUGUUUGUCGUGGACGAUCACAAUGGAGUGCCCCAAAGCACACUGAUGGAUCAGAUCAGCUGUGUGGUAAACCGCUUCACCGCCAACAUCUCCGAGCUCAACAGCAUGAUGUUAUCGCCCUCUCCUACGCACACUCACAAACACACAUCUCCCUCCCCUCAUCCCCCUGACCCAUAUCUGCUGCCCCGUGAAGUCCCGAUGCCCCCCACCCUCACCACAUACGCUGAUGUCCAGCCCCUCCCCCCUGUAGAGUCCAGUUUAGGAGGCCGGGGUGGCUGUCCAAUUCACUCUGUUCCCCAUUCGCCUUAUCCACUACCUCCUCCUCACACCCAGGCAUCCCCCUCUCUGUCCCCAAUGCGAGGAGGCCUGAUGAGCUCCUCUCCUCUUAGGAGGCCAGAGUUGGAUGAGGAACUCAUUGCUUUGACUCCACCAUCGCCUUUCCGCGAUUCUCUGGCGUCCAGUAGUGGCUCACCAAUCUCAGAGACAGGUCUGUUUCUCCCCCCAGUGCCCUCCCAUCCUCCCCCCUCUCCUCCUUCACCCAGGUACAGCAGACUGACACUCAGACACUACAGCCAGAGUUCAUCUUCACUGUGAGCUGAAGGGAGAAAAUCACAA